AUACAUUUAGGAAGUUUGUUUUUAAGUGGAGGCACAACACUUGGUGUGUUAAAACUUAAAAGCAGUUUUAUAAAUAACAGAGGAGAUUCAAGGGUUGGAGUGGGGGGUGUUGUAAACAUCUGCGGAGACGCCCAUUGCCUCUAAACGGACCCAGAUUUAUAGUGGGGAAUUUAUUUGCCUCGAGUCACGGAGUCACCAGAACGACCAACAGUGGCAACUACCGUUAAAACUAGCGUUACAUACUUGCAACGAUAAAUAAACAUGAAAACUCCCGGAUACGAGUGAAGUAUUUUUGGGAGCGAAAGCGGGACACUCCUUUCGUAAGGUAAGGUGUCAAAGAGGAAACACAUCACUGAGAAGAUGGUUAGAAAUAAAAACAGUCGCUCUUCCACAUUAAAAAUAGCUGACUCUCAGAUGGCAAGCAGCAAAGAUCUGACUCCUCUGGAUGACCCAGCCGACAGUGACAUCCCUGCUCCAGAGCUCCAGACCACUGGCCAAGGUCAGCUGGGCUUCCCAGACAGAGUCUACCUGCUGGCAUCAAUCAUCUUUCAGAAUAACCAUCUGGAAAAGCCUGCUGCCCACAGGUUGGUGAAUUAUGGCAAAGAGAGUGGAAUCCCAUUACCGGACUUCAAAGAUGAGGAGAUGCAACGUACUGCUUAUGGACUAGCCUUCAAUACGCUUAAAUAUCAAGAACUGCUGGAGGACAUCAUGAUUGACAGCUACUUUUACCCCACUCAGCCAAUACCAGAUGAUCAGAUGGGCCUUGUUGCUGUUAUGCUGUAUGACUUCCAGGACAGGAAGUUCCUCCCACGGGAAUGCUUAGGGGAGGAGGAGAUCAUACAGGAAGUUAGAGAUGUCGAAAACUGUCUUCUCAGGUUUAAAACCAAGCUGGCAGCCUCUUUGGCCCGCUGCAGGAUCAAACACAAUCUCCUGUCCAUUGAGUGUAUCCUGCCAGAGAGUGUGAAGACAAAGCAGGAGAGAUCAAGCAGCCUUCCACUUUACACAUGGGUCAACACACUGAAGAGCAGUCUUGAUGAGGUCCAAAGUGUUCUGCGGAGUGCAGGCUUCUCGCAGGUGAAAUCGAUUGGGCAGCUAGGGGGCCAGAGCUUCUGCCAGGAUCCCCACUGUGGGGAUAUACUGGUAUUCCCUGCUCAGCUGAAAGCUCAGCUGUACUCCACCAAGCUACUUAGCGACCACAAACUCAUCAUCCAGGAUAAGUCUUGCAGCCUAGGCCCAAAAGCAGUGUGCUCCGUGUUACCUGAGGAAGGAGAUGUUCUCAUGGUGGGGUGCUUCUCUGACCUCACGGUCUGCCACAUCGCCUCCCUAAUUGCUGAGAAACAUAAAACCAACUGUAAAAACCUGCCCACAGUUUAUGUUUGUGUCAGCGAUCGUACGGAUGCUCAAAGGGAAGAUCUACAGCAAGCCAUCUCUGCUAUGGGCUGCAAAAAUGUGAAGCUGAUACCAGGGGUCUUUGAGUCUUUGGAUGGUGGUGACAAGCGACUUCAGAAGGUCCGUGUUAUCCUGUUGACUCCCAAGUGUUCUGUGUCUGCAGUCAGCAACCCAGUUGAAUUUAUACUGCAAGAGAAUGGAGACCCAGACCUGCUGCAGGACCUAUCCCAGGGUUCCAUAGCACAGAGCAAACUGGAAGCUCUGGUAGCCCAGCAGAGGAAGGAUAUUGAUCAUGCCUUGAAGUUCCCCAAGGUUUUGGCAGUGGUGUACUCUACCUGUUCUUCAUAUCCAGAGGAGAAUGAAGAGGUUGUGAGCAGAGCCCUUGAACAAGCCAAGGCCAGCUCUGAGCAGGAGGAGGAACCAAAACAAGCAAACUACAGGCUUAGUCCAUCUGUGUUCAGCUCUCCUAACAAUGCAGAGGGCCCAGAGGAAACAGACCCCUUCUUCAUGCUGGAGCCCUCAGAACAGAGUAAUGGCUGUUUCCUGGCUGUUCUCACCAGAGAGCCUGAGCCAGUGGUCAUUGAGACACCACAGGAAGUGCUGGCCAGGGCAAAUGCCAAAGGCAUACUGGACAGGAUCAACUCCAACGAGCCAACCAGAAAAGAGCUCCAUGGACAUACCAACAGGAUGAAAAAAGCAGCCCGUGUGCGCACCUCUCAGCCCCACCUUUCUGUCUGUAUUCAAUCCAAACACCAACAGACGAAGGGCAGCAACAGUACUUCAUUAUGUCAGGAAUUUACAAACAGACGGUGGUCAUCACAAGGUAAACCCAAAUCUCUGCGCUUGCAAACCGUAAAGAAUACCGUGUCCAGCCCCUUCGCUUCCUCGAAACAAGAAAGCUCUUGCUCCUCCUCCCUCAAACCAGAAAACAGCAAACCCACCAAAAGCAUCACCCCUGUAUUCAACACUACAACUACUACCACCACCUCUGUGCAUCCCGCCCCUCCUCCUUCUACCCCUGUUGCUCGUCCUCGUAGAGCUCUUCAGGAGGUGCUGAAGCCUGUGGUGCUCGUUCUGCCUCCUGUUCACUUUCCUAACUUCUUUCCUCCCCAGCACAGCCGAACGGGAUUCAGCCCCAGCUUCAACUACAAGUGGAGGGGUCCGGGUCAGACUGUACCCCUCUCCCGCUCCAGUGGUGGCCUUUCCAAGGAUGUGGUGAAAUCCCGGCCUCUGUUUUGAGCUCACAAAAACCCAACACAAUUGCUGUGCCAAUUGCUUACUUAAAAUAAAGUCAGAAGUAUUUAAAUCUAACACAAAAAUGUAUAGUGUUAUUUAACUGCCAAAUUUCACAGAGCAUGUGAAUACGUCACCUCAAAUCUUGAGGUUAUUACUUGUCAUUAUUAAAAAGUCAUUAUUACCA